ACAAGUGACAUUUUAAAGUCUGAUGUGUCGUUUCCCGAAAACACCAAAAUUAAUGUAGGACGAUGGACGAGUUUAUCGUGCAAAGUAUAAAAUUCUUGUCGAACACGAUCACUGUCCGCGUAGCAUCACAUCCCCCAUUCGCAAUAGAAAUAUUUUUGUCAGCCGUUGUUUGUAUCGUUCAUCUAUUACUGAUUUUUGAAAUCAAUGCUUUAGUGAAGAGGACCAAUGCCAGAGCUGUCGAGAAACUCAAGAUAAAGCAUGCAUCUAGAGAAAGUUGCUCGUACGAUAGUUUGGUUCCCUUACAACCCACACUUUUUCAAAAAAAAACGGAGUCCAUUGACCAAAAGCAAAUUUUGUAUAUGCCCUUUAACAGCAAGCGACUGCAGAGGAAAAUUAGUGGAGCAUCCAAUUUCGGUUGGAUCAUAUCUCAGGGCGAUUCGAUGUUGAGGAACAAAUUCGAUGACAGGGUAGAUAAUCUGCUAGCCAUAUCGCCAAGCGAAUACGUGCGUAGGGACAAGGAGCGAAAAAGCCGCGAAGCCGGUUUAAGAUCGUGCCUUCAAUCUUUGACGUCCCUUUUGGAAAAGGCAAUAAAUAACGACACAUUGGACCUACAGAAUGUGUCGAAGGACGACAUGAAGAGGAGCAUCAACGCGAUCCGCGAAAACUUUGAAUCCCAGAUUUCCAACAGCUACCAGUUGAGUGAAUUCCCGUCUCCCAGUUUGCAGAGUUUGAUAGCACAAUCCGCCGCGAAAAACGCUCUCGAAAAUUCCCUAUCACCAAACUUGAUGCCUUCAAUUUACAGAACAUCGAAUGCGAGAUACUCUUACAGUAAUUUCGACUGCUCGAACAGAAAAAAUGAGAACGUCGAUGAAAAAAGCAGAGGCGAUGCUGCGAGCCAGCUUGUUUUCCAAAAAAGCAACUCUUUAAGCGAAAUUUUCAGGAAAAGUUCAGACGAAUUUCAUGACGGAAACGAAAAGUAUUCGAAAAUUGUCUUGGCAAACUGAAUAAAUUGGGAAACGAUAUUGCAUUUUUUGAGAAUACCCUGAAAGAUAUAAAAAAUUAUUAAUAGGGGACCAGACAGACUGUGACA